AGGCAGCGGGGCGGGGUGCUGCGGCCGGCCGUGAGGAAGGGGUGGGGAGGUGCCGCCCCUGGUCGCACCGAGCUGCUUCCCUCCGCCGCCGGCCUGGCCAUGGCGUACGGUGGCCUCACGGUGCCUAUCAUCGUCAUGAGCGUUUUCUGGGGGGUGGUCGGAGGCGUCCUGCCGUGGCUCAUACCCAAGGGGCCUAACCGAGGUGUUAUCAACACAAUGCUGGUGACGUGUGCUGUUUGCUGCUACCUGUUUUGGCUGAUUGCGAUUCUGGCUCAACUCAACCCUCUCUUUGGGCCACAGUUAAGCAAUGAAACAAUCUGGUACCUUAAAUACCACUGGCCUUAAGGAUGUCUGUCCUAUGCUGAAAUCUGUUGACUAGGAUAAUUCAGUUGCCUGGGAUCUGAAGUGAUCUGUGUGUUGCAAGCAGCAAGGUGAAACUGGAGAUGAGAUACAAGUCGUGGAUUCCAGCUGCCUGAUGAAAGAAUCAGGUUUUCCCUCUUCCUUUCAGUAAAGAAUUUUCCAGAGAGCUGAAGGUAGAUAUAUACUGAGGAAGAGAGGGAGCUAAUGUGGGAUGGCCAGUAAGUUUAUGUGAGGAGCUGUCAUUUUUUAACUUAUUAGUGAAGAAUUUGAGGCCUAUAUAGCACAUGCUGUUGUGUUCUGUGAGGCAGAUUGGUUUAACCUUCGAUCUGUCUGAUUUCAUUGCCUUAAUUUUGAAAUAAAAUGAAAGUUCUCGUCAUCUUGAAAGAGAAUGAUUUUAAAAAAUAAAAGCCUAUAAUAGUCUUCAAAUAUCCUAGUUAAAUGUUAUGUUUUCUUGCUAGAAAUGUGCUGCUUCAGGACAUACCAUUCUCCAUGAUCUUGUUUGAAUUACUCGUGUUGAGAGAGCUGAGCAGCAAGGAUGUGGCUGCCUUGAUCAGACUGCAGCGUCCUGUCUUGUGCUGUUGUGUACCUCUGCACUCAGAACCUCCAGUUGAGUUUGUCACUAGACAGGUGCUGUGAAUUAGACUCCAUCUGACACUGCAUGGAAUCCCAUAAAUAUAGCUACUGUUACAUAUUUGGUCAAUUAUUUUUGGCUUUUAAUAAGUGUUUUUCUAGCACCUAUUUUG